AUGCAAGUGCAGUACCAAAGAUCGGAACGCAAGCUGUUGACGACCAAGGGCAUUGUGAUUGCCCAUCCUGGACCGACUGUUCCGACGGUGUAUAUUGGUAAUUGCGCCAAGGCAGCGAUGGAAUCAUGCCAUUCACUAAUUACGAGUAUUGUCUACAAUCCCUGCAUUGGCAACAGUGAAUAUUCGGGUAGAUGGCAGGGAUGGGCACUAAUAAGUAGUAUCGGGGAAGACAGCGAGAAGCGGCUAAGGGCAAUUGGGGAUACGGUUGGCUGUGUGGAAUUUGGCUUCACCAGCCUAUAUGUCGAAUUCAGCCCGCGAUGUCGGCCUUUUUGGUAUCCACAAAUCAACACUCUUUUACCAAAUAUACACAGAUCUUCUUUGAAUGCUGCUGAUCCGAAGCUGCGUUCUGCUGUACUGUCGAAUGCCUCGUACAGAGAAAGCCUUGUUGCUGCCGGGCGCACACCUCUCUUGGUAUGGGAGUCAGUAUUCCAUCAACUCUCCGACCACGGCCAACGGAGUCGCAACACUAUAGCUGGUCUCAAUCCCAACCAGCCAUUCUCACACCUCCUCUUAUUCGACAUUUCUUCCACAUUCUCAAGCUCUUGCCUAAACCUCAACUGUACAGUCUGUCGUUUCUGUAUGGAGCGCGCGACCGCUGAAGCUGCGAUUGGCCGCCAAGUCGUGAUGGAUUUGACAUGCUGUAGCGGGCUCGUAGCAGUGGAGCCUCGUUGUCCGCAUUAUCUGAUUGGCUGA